UGUGUGUGUGUAUGUGUUGCUGUGGCCAUAUCAUCUCAUUCUUCAUGCAUGGCUUCUCUUCAUCUUACUCCCAGUACCAACCUUCAAACUCAAUUAUCUCUUUCCAAACCCUUCCAAUCGCACAAACCCACCCAAACCCAUUCCCCGAAUUUUCAUGAAAAUCCCAAAAGCUUUCAGAUAUUUUACAAAUCUCACUUUCACCAAAUCUCUUCGCUCUGCAAACAAGGCCAAAUUCAAGAAGCUGUGGACUUGUUCACUAAAAUGGAGCUCGAUAAUCUCCAAGUUCAGCCUGAAAUUUAUGGAGAGCUUCUUCAGGGCUGCGUCUACGGUCGAGAUCUUUCCACUGGUCAGCAAAUCCACUCCCGGAUCAUAAAAAAUGGUGAGUUUUUGGCUGGGAACGAGUAUAUCGAGACUAAGCUUGUGAUUUUUUACUCUAAAUGUGAUGCUUAUAGUGUUGCGAGUCGUAUGUUCCGAAUGGUGAAUUCAAAGAACGUUUUUUCUUGGGCUGCCAUUAUUGGAAUGAAUUGUAGGAUGGGUUUCUGUGAAGAAGCUUUGUUGGGUCUUCUUGAAAUGCUGGAUUCUGGGCAUUUACCUGAUAAUUUUGUUGUUCCAAAUGCACUGAAGGCUUGUGGAGCUCUUCAAUGGAUUGGGGUCGGGAAAGGGGUUCAUGGAUAUGCUGUGAAGAUGGGUUAUAGCGGGUGCGUGUUUGUUACUAGUAGUCUUGUGGAUAUGUAUGGGAAAUGUGGAGCUAUGGAGGAUGCGCGGAAGGUUUUUGACGGAAUUCCUGAGAAGAAUGUAGUAACUUGGAAUUCACUGAUGGUUGGAUAUGUUCUAAAUGGGCUGAAUGAGGAAGCCAUUGAGUUGUUUUAUAAUUUGAGAAUGGAAAGCGUCGAACCCACUCAAGUUACCAUAUCUUGCUAUCUUUCUGCUUCAGCUAAUAUACGUGCUCCAGGCGAGGGUAAGCAAGGGCAUGCGGUAGCAGUUGUUGAAGGGUUAGUAUUGACUGCCAUUUUGGGCAGCUCUAUCAUAAAUUUUUACUGUAAGGUUGGUCUGAUAGAGGAUGCUGAGUUGGUUUUCAGUAAGAUUGUUGAGAAAGAUGCGGUCACGUGGAAUUUGAUCAUAUCGGGCUAUGUGCAAGCUGGAAAGAUUGACAAAGCUCUCAGUAUGUGCAGGCAGAUGAGAUCACAGAAAAUGCGGUUUGACUCUGUGACACUUGCAUCCUUAAUGUCUGCUUCUGCAGAAACAAGUAAUUUGGAACUUGGCAAGGAGGGGCAUUGUUAUUGUAUUAGAAACAACCUUGACUCUGAUGUGGUUGUUGCAAGUAGUAUAGUAGAUAUGUAUGCCAAAUGUAACAGGAUUGAUUGUGCAAGAAGAGUUUUUGACUCUGUAACAAAGGCAGAUCUUGUACUCUGGAACACAAUGUUGGCUGCAUAUGCAGAGUUGGGUCAAAGUGGUGAGACCUUGACACUGUUUUAUAAAAUGCAGUUAGAAAGUGUGCCACCAAGUGUUAUAUCAUAUAACUCAAUCAUUUUAGGAUUUCUUAAGAAUGGCCAGACUGAUGAGGCCAAAGACAUGUUUUUGCAGAUGCAGUCCCUUGGUAUCCAGCCCAACCUAGUUACUUGGACUACUCUCAUCUCUGGUUUGGCUGAGAAUGGCUUUGGCUAUGAAGCAAUUGUUGCAUUCCACAAAAUGCAAGAGGCCGGAAUUAGACCCAAUUCUGUAAGCAUUGUCUCUGUGCUCUCAGCUUGCAUAGAUAUGGCACUGCUGCAAUAUGGGAAGGCAAUUCAUGGGUAUUUAACAAGACAUGUCCUUUGCUCGUCAGUUCCACUUGCGACUUCGUUAGUGGACAUGUAUGCUAAAUGUGGUAAUAUAGAUAAAGCAAAGAGACUUUUUGAUAUGAUUGAAGAAAAGGCGGUUCCAAUCUACAAUGCAAUGAUCUCUGGUUAUGCAUUACAUGGUCAAGCAGUGGAAGCUCUUGCAUUGUAUAGACAUUUGGUGGAAGAAGGUAAGAAACCAGAUUCCAUAACCUUUACUAACGCCUUAUAUGCCUGCAGCCAUUCGGGCCUGGUUAACGAAGGUUUGGAGCUUUUUGCUGAUAUGGUAUCGAAACAUCAGCUGAAGCCAAGUAUGGUUCAUUAUGGCUGCAUGGUUAAUUUACUAUCUAGGUGUGGGAAUCUCGACGUAGCAUUUAGGCUUAUCAACUCAAUGCCUUUUGAGCCAGAUGCACAUAUUUUUGGAUCAUUACUUUCUGCCUGUAGAGAAUACAACAAAACUGAGCUAACAAAAUAUUUGUCUGGAAAGCUAUUAGAGUUGGAGCCAAAUAAUUCAGGAAAUUAUGUUGCACUUUCAAAUGCAUAUGCAGCUGUUGGACAGUGGGAUGAGGUAGAAAAUGUGAGGCAUUUGAUGAAAGCAAAGGGCCUGAUGAAGGUUCCUGGCUGUAGUUGGGUUCAAAUUGGAGAAGAAUCUCAUGUCUUUGUUGCAGGUGAUCAAUCACAUCCCAAAAUUGAGGAAAUUAAUAUGACUUUGGCUUUAUUAAGAUCAGAAAUUUUGUGUACAUAAUUUUCUUACAUUGAAUCUAUACUAGUUUCUCCAAAGAAUUCUAGUUAUACAAUGUGGCUACAAAGUUUAUAUUGGUGGUCAUCUUGGAA